AUGCCUCCAUCAUGGUUCCGCCUUCCGACGCGCGUGCCACCAGAGCUUGAGGAGGCGGACUGGUCGGGUCAUCUGAAGGAUCCUCACCCCACACCAUUCUCGGACGCGCUCAUCUCUCAACUUUCAUUGACAGGUGAUGUGUCCGCCUUCGCUUACGACCCCGUCCAAGGCUACCUCGCUCUCGGCACGACCAAUGGAUGCUUGCACUUGCUCGGAGGCACCAUAAGAGUCAGCUGGGCACUUAGACCUGCCGUCGGCAUUCGACACUUGGCUUUCAGAAGCGGCACCGGGCUGCUCAUAGUCGCCGACCAGAAGGACAACCUGAGCAUCUUUGAUAUCUCCCGAGCCGACCCAAGCUUGGCUCCCAAUGCUGGCGGACCCAGCAGCGCUGCAGAUAGCCCCAGUACCACGAGAAUUGCAGCUGGUAUAGGGCCGACGACACCCGGCGAUGCGUUGCAUCCCGAUACUCCUAUGCGUAUCCAUGCGCACAGCGCUCGCAAUUCGGUCACCUGCAUCGAAACACAGCCAGGUCACGCUCACCUGUGGAUCGGUCUUAGGGAUGGUACUGUGGAUGCGUACGACCUCGACCGCUUGCACUUGAGCCCCUACAGGAUACCGAACUUGUGGUGGGAGGAAGAGGAGAUUCUGCGAAAGUCUGGUGUACCGGAUGCCCCAAGCCGAAGACAUGUGCCAAUGGUCAUCGACAUCAAGACGCAUCCCCUCGAUCUCGGUCGGGUCUUGCUUGCAUAUGAGGGCGGAGCCUGUCUGCUCGACGUCAAGACCCGCGCAGUCAUUCGGUCAUUCCAACUGCGUCUGCUGCCAGGAGCUCCGGGAGCAGGCGGAGCACCAGACGAGAUACUCUGGACAGAAAGAGCUUCGCCAGCAACAUGUGUUGCCUGGCGACCUGAUGGCAUCAUCUUUGCCAUGGGCCAUGCGGAUGGCGUCGUCUCUUUUUGGAACGUGGAUGAUGGUGACAAGCCCUUGCUUGUCAGAACGCUGGAUCAGAUCGACGUGGACAAACCUCAGGCUCCUUCAGGCGACGCUCACUCUCACGACUCGCCAUCUCGCUUCAUGCGCGAACCCAUCUUUAAGCUGGCAUGGAGCGGUUUCAGCUCUGCAAGCUGGCGGGACUUUGCAGCGCAAGGCACGGCGCUCACGGUUUUAGGUGGCGGUGUUUUAGACGCAUCUUCGGGUGUGGUGUCGUGGCACUUUCCAGCAUACUCGGCACCUGUUCAGCUGUGGGCCUCAAAGACCCCGGAAGCUCUGGCCAAGCUGCGCAAUUCCCUUCGAUCGAGCAUCAUCACAGAACGUGAGGCGCGUAUACAAACCAAGGCGACUUGUGAGGACUUCUUACUUCUACCCGCUGCCUCGCCACAUUAUGGCGGUGCUUUCGAUGCUACAGCCCUCUUGGCUCUCAUCGGAUCUGAUCCCAGCCUUCCACCUCUGCAAGGUGCGACUCGAGGUCUACAAGCUUUCGCAUUUCCGGCCGGCGCACCCACCGAACAAGGUCUGCACAUUGCCGGCUCGAAGACAUCCGCAGCUGAGGAGCUUGAACUGCCAUUCUCCCUCGCCAUGACUGGCAGCAGCGCUGCAAAGGGCGUUCGGCUGGCUCAAGUCGGCCUCCACGCUUAUCGCAAGCUUGUCAGCGUCUCCUCCAAGUCUGACCCGCUCGGUUCCUGGGACGCAGGAGUAGCCGAGGAGCUUGCACGUCAAUCAGCCGCCGACCGGCACUCUCAGGGUCUUCCUCUGCGAGGCGGUGAAGCUCACCCUACUGCUCUGAAUGGAGCCACACUAGAGUCUUUGCUGAGAGAGAGCGACAGACUCACCGCGUACAAGAUCAUCGUCAGCUGGCACCACGAUGGAACCAUCCGAUUCGCUGAUGCUAGUCCGCAUUUGCUGCUGAAAGGUCGGAUCGACUUGCCGCCGGAGGGCUCAGACCCCGUCACUCACCCUCUCCCUCAGCCGGUUCUGGAGGAAGCUUUUCCGAAGCCUUUGCACCACCUGACAAUUUCAUUGCAAGAUCUGGUGCAUGGAUCGCACGCAAGUAGACAACAUGCGGCGGUCUUUGCCAGACUCCGAGCGAGUCCUUCGCGCAUGCAGAUAUUGGACGUGCACUUCGCGCCGGACGCUUUGGAGAUUGGCGUCGUGCUCGCUGGAGGUGCUCUUUUACAUUACCGCUUCGAUUUCGCAAACGCGAGCGAAACCGAAGCAAUCAGGGCUCAGGUUGCUCAGGAAGCUGCGAUUGAUGAAGAGGCAGCGAGAGAAUUCGCGGAGCACACGUCGGAGCCACCGAGCGCGAAGAGCGUGGAGCUGAGUAAGCUUGACGACGCCAUGAGAGAUGUCGACCUCCGGGACACCCCAGGCCCAACAUCACCCAGCCAGCGGGCCGAAGUUCAGGCGCCAAAUUCCGCGGCCAGCCUCAACAACGCAGCAAUGAGCCGGAGUGGAUCACACGCAAGUGCAAUGGCUCCCCCACCUCGACCAAGAAGAGAUCCCAAACGGUUGAGCGUCAUGCCGACUUCUCCACCUAGUGCGCGAAACCUUGCCGGUGCCUCCCGUGUACGCCAAGAAGACAAUAUUUCAGCUCCUGUCCAUAGCACGUCUGCACCGAGCACACCUCUUCCGGUAGUUCGGCAGAUUGAGCCUGUCGGUAACUUCGCAGACUGGUCCCAAGACGGUUUCAAGGCGAAUUUAUUGAUUGAUUUGUCGCGUGGUGGUGUCACUGCAGCAGCAGUCUCAGACGUCGGUUUCAUUGCAAUCGCGUACGGUGCUGCCUUGGCCAUCAUUGACCUCCGAGUCGCGGACAUAAUCUACAGAGAAGGCUUUGGAGAUGGCUCAGACACGCCUGCGCUGUCAGCAGGCGCAUCGAGCAAGGAGGGUAAGGAGUACCGUAAACUAGUAGAGGAGGAAGGCACCGACGCCAUAAGCUUGUUGCGUUUGAGUAUGGCGCGUACCAUCGAACACAAUCUGCUGGCCCCCCAAUUACUCGUGUUACGCCCCAAUCGCGUAGGCAUCAGAACCUUUCUCAAAGCGCCCAAUGAGUGGAUCGUGACCCGAACAGGUGUCGUUACAUUCGACGACCUCCACACACCGGUAGAUGCAUACGUCCUCGACUCAAAAGGCAGAGAGUGUGGUGCUACCCCGCUCGAGCUUCGACAGGGCCUUCGAGAGCAGGAUACUCCAGACGAUGAUGAUCCAGAAAGGCACGAAAUCCACUCGCUCGUUUUAGCAGGCGAGCAAAGUGAGUCGAGCUUCAUAGUGUCCUUCUACAUUUAUGUGCGAGCUGGAGUGACCGGCGCCAAGCUUGCGAAAGUAAAUGUUGGGGAGCGAAUCUUGCGCAUGCAAAUCGUUGAACGAUUUGGUCAGCACGUCUGCAUGGCGUCGACACUCAGCUCGACACAGGUGUACUCUCUACCUCAUUUGCAGCACGUCGUCCGGCUGCCCAGUAAGCAUCGGCGCGACGCUAAAGCUACCGCUGCUGUGGAUGGCCAGCUCUUGGCACCCAUCCCUGUCAGCUUCUCGAUAUCUCGGAGCGGAGACGUGAUCGAGCUCGGCCCCACACUACAAGACCUCCGACUCUCAACACUUCUUGGCAAUGUGGCCAGACCAGGUGUUCCUGCGCUCGAUCUGUACUCCCCCACCAAGGCUUCCGCUUGCCCACAUCACCCUGGCGCCGUCACAGCUGCGGUCAAAGGUGUCACGUCCUGGCUUUCGGGCAAGUCCAGCGCCAUCGAUGCAGGUUCGCAGCUCGACGAAUUACUUGCGGGGGCGACAUCCGGAAAAAGACCUGAAGCUCCGAAGCUCCCUGAGCCAAAGCACGUCCAGAUGGCAGCUGCUCGAGAAUUGGAAAUCGCAGAAAGGUUGGCGGCGAGAGAAGAGGCUGAGGCUCGCAAGAAUGGUGUCAAGUCAGGUGGUCAGUCAGUUCGGCAACCUCCGCCGCCCAGAACGCUUGGUGAACGGCAUUCUGAAACGGUGGCGAGGGAGACGAGGGAUGCUCGCAACGCUGCUGCCAAUGCGAGAACUGCGGCUGAGGAGAGGGGCCAGCUCAUGGGCGGCUUGGAAGAGUCUCUUGGCUCGCUCGAGCGUGGAGCCUCCCAAUGGCUGCAGAAUUCGCGAAACAUGGCCAUGAAGGCCAGCGCGAAGAACACAUUCACCAAAACUUUUGGUUUCUGA